GUAUAACUGCACGGCCCGCGCGCGCGCUUCUCCCCUGGCGCGGACCUUGGCGCGGGUGAUGGCUGCUGUUUCCGUCGUGUCCACGUUGGCCACCCGGCUGCUCCGGCCCGCGCAGAGCUGCCGCCUCCGUCAUCGCCCCUUCCACGUCUCGGUAGUUCGAAAUGAAGCCGUUGUCAUUUCUGGAAGGAAGCUGGCCCAGCAGAUCAAGCGGGAAGUGUGGCAGGAGGUGGAAGAAUGGGUGGCUUCGGGCAACAAGCGGCCGCACCUGAGUGUGGUUCUGGUGGGCGAGAAUCCUGCAAGUCACUCCUACGUCCUCAACAAAACCCGGGCCGCUGCAGAAGUGGGAAUCAACAGUGAGACAAUUGUGAAACCAGCUUCAAUUUCAGAGGAAGAACUGUUGAAUUUAAUCAAUAAACUAAAUAAUGAUGAUAAUGUAGAUGGCCUCCUUGUUCAGCUGCCUCUUCCAGAGCACAUCGACGAGCGAAAGAUCUGCAACGCUGUUUCCCCAGACAAGGAUGUUGAUGGCUUUCAUGUCAUUAACGUAGGGCGAAUGUGUCUGGACCAGUACUCCAUGUUACCGGCUACCCCAUGGGGUGUCUGGGAAAUAAUUAAGCGAACUGGCAUUCCAACCCUAGGGAAGAAUGUGGUUGUGGCUGGGAGGUCAAAAAAUGUUGGAAUGCCCAUUGCCAUGCUGCUCCACACAGAUGGGGCGCACGAACGUCCUGGAGGUGACGCCACUGUGACAAUAUCUCAUCGAUACACCCCCAAAGAGCAACUGAAGAAGCACACAGUUCUUGCAGACAUUGUGGUCUCUGCUGCAGGCAUUCCAAGUCUGAUCACAGCAGAUAUGAUCAAGGAGGGAGCUGCAGUCAUCGAUGUGGGAAUAAACAGAGUUCAAGAUCCCAUCACAGCUAAACCCAAGUUAGUUGGAGAUGUGGACUUUGAAGGAGUCAAAAAGAAAGCCGGUUACAUCACUCCAGUCCCUGGGGGUGUUGGUCCCAUGACAGUGGCAAUGCUGAUGAAGAAUACCAUUAUUGCCGCAAAAAAGGUGCUGAGGCUUGAAGAGCGGGAAGUAUUGAAGCCUAAGGAGCGUGGAGUAGCAACCAAUUAACUGUUGUGUCGUCUGUCACGAACACCACUCCAAGCCGGUCAGAGAGGCGGAACAGGCCAAUAGAAAUGCAAUAUUUUUUAUUUAUUUUACUGAAAUGGUUUAAAAUGAUGCUUUUUGUAUUUAUUGAAAGCAGAAAUGGCGGGGGGCUGCCGGUGCACAUGGCUCUGCCGUGCCUCCUGCUGGGUCGUGGGAGCCGGCCAAGGGAAGCCGUUCACCUGGUGGUGAUGAACGUGGAGGACAUCGUCCCAUUGAGAGCGGGUGCUUAACUGGGUGAAGCCACUUCAGUUAAAAUCUGCCUUUUCUAGGAUUGCAUUUCCUAAGUGCUAUUUCAAUAAGAGUUGAUACUCACUUUAGGUUCCAAGCCUUUUGAGUUCAACUGGUCAAACCAAAGGAAAAAUGUUGCUAGAGAAAAUUAGGGAAAAAGUCAAAAGGAAGAAAUGAUAAUUGAGUAGAAAAAAACAUUACUGUAACUUACAUUCCUAUGGUAUGUAAAACUAAUUGUGAAUGGUGUCCUGAGCUGUCAUUCCGUGGCUUAGUCAUUGGGAAAAUAUUUAGGGUAGUUCCGCAUCAGUCCUCGUCCCACGUGUAUUAUAUUCACGAGGCUUUCCCAUUUUCCUCUAGGAUUGAAAGGCUUAUUUUAUUUUAUAGAUUAUUUGUGUGUGUUGUCAUAUUUGGCUUUUCCUCUAUCCUUAAACUUCACUGUUAUAUCUUUGUACUCUUGGGGGUGUCUGUAUGGUUUCCUUGGGAUAUCUUGAAACCUAUUUUUGAAAAACAAAACUUGGGCUUGAUAAUCAUUAGGAUUAGGGCAGCUUGUUUAAGUAUGAACUUACUUUUCCACCAAAGACUUGUCAGCAGCUGCCUGCUUUUCUCAGAUGUAUUUGUUGACUUUCCCCAAUGGGUUUUUGAGAACUUGAGUUCACAUUGAAUUUAAUCAGACUUUCUGAUUAAAAGGGUUUUUUUUGUGUGUUUCACCUUUUUUUUUU